AUGCGCGCGCAGCUCCGCAAGAUUGUCCUCGUCGAGGACUACCGCUCCGUGGCGCACCCAGAGAGCCACGCCCGAGGCCUGAUCCCUUUCUGCCGGGAGAAUCCCCUCCUGCGGGUCGAACGUCGCGUGAACCUGUGGCGGAACCUCUUCCAGGUCGACAAGAGAUGGCACGCGCCCCACCAGCAGUGCGAGCAUCAGAACCGUGCCGCCACGCGGGCACUCCGGUCGCGUGACAUCACGUCCACCGUCGCGCUCUGGGUCACGGAGGCCUUGGCUCUCGGGCCAGCGGGUAUGCCCACGACGUUCUUCUCCCUGGUCUUGGACGGCGACCCGGCGCCCCAGCUGUGCGCGCGCAUCUUCCAGACCGUCGUGCAGCGCGACGCCGCGUGGCAGCGGGCGUGGACCGAGUCCAUGGAUCGGGGCCCCGUGCUCGUCCACCCGGUGCUGGACUGGUUCGAGAGGCGGGGCGAAGACGCGGCCAGGGCGGGCGUGCAUCCCGUCUCCGGGGUGUACGAGUCCUACCUGGGGUACUUUUACGAGGGCUUCCCCGAGGCGAUGAGGGAUAUCGCGCGCCGCGGCGGCGGGUCCGUCGUGCGGUGUAAUUUUGACGCCGGCGAGCCGUGGGAUGCUGAGAAGGUUGUGCGCUGCAAUAAGAUGUGGACGCCGGCGCAGUGGAACGAGGGGUGGCUGCGGCACGAGCAGCUGUCUUGGGAGACGGAGGCGCCGUUGCCGGAGUGGCCGGCGCUGUUGAUGGAGAAUUUGAUUGACUCCUUUGCUAGGCGUAAGAAGAAGAGCUGGAGGGGGCGUUGA